CUAGAGUGAAUUAGUCUUCUACGAUUUGGAGACAUUUUAAGAACAGAGACAUCCUUAAAAUGUAUGCAAAUCGUAGAAGACUAAUUCACUCUAGAAUAUUUGUCUACAGUUAUGAGCAGUUACAGUUAUACAGUUACGACAGUUACAGUUUUACAGUUAACUGUAACUGGUGCAUGCCUAAGUUUCGAUGAUUCGUACAAUCAGAGAAGAGAAAACUGCAAAUUUCAGUGAUAUAUAUACAUAUAUCAGUCAUGAUUGCAUAAAAGGAUGAAUGAAACAGCCAUUUUAAAUAUCAGUUUUUUCGCUGUAUAUUUAUUUUGCAAUUUUCUUUUUUUCUUUUUUUUUAUAUUAACUUUAUUCAAAAUAAUAAUACAAGUAAGAACAUAGCCGAGCUAUUGCUCAUUAUAACAUUCUUAGUUGGCGAGAGGGUAGAGGAACGGUGACGCAAAUCUGAGGGAAUUCGAUUGUAUAAAGUAAAAAUAAUGGAUAGGUUUGGCAAGUGAUGAACCAACCAUUUAAAGCGAUUUGUUUCUAUCAUGUAUUUUGUUGUUCUCUUGUAUUUUAUUGGAUAAAACCACAAAGUGCUAGAGAAAACAUUUUUUUUGACUCUCUACGUGUGAGAAAAGAUGAAGUUUUUACCAUAAUGGCGACUUUGUCUAUGUACAGAUGUCGUGACCAGCGGGGACCUUGCCGAUGACAUCCACUCAAUAUUUCAGAAGUUUAUGCUUUCUUUUUCCAGCAAAAGAGAAAGUGAAGGACUUUACUUUAACGGUUUGCAGAUUCAUUGACUUUCAUCUAAAAGUCUGAAGAGCACGACGUCCUUGCGUCUACGGCUACCAUUAAAAAAAAGAGGACUAGACGUCGUCCACAUUGGAGAGCUGUCUAAAAUAUUAUUCUUUAGUCGGUGCCUGCUUUUCUUCGGAUGAGCGUUUGUGGUUUUCAGAGUACGCUUUGAAUUAAAUUCGACUGCAAACGCAGUUUCUUUGUGCACGUAAUAUAUGUCCAGCCGUCCAUAAAUUCUUUGUGAUGGCAUUCUGGGUCAUGUCUCUCUUCAAAAUAAAAUGUUUCUGAUUAUCGAGUUCAUAUAAGUUCUUAUGAAAAAACUCGUUCUAUAACAGGUGUUCAGGGCAAAUAGCAAAACAAAAUCUUUUGCUUAUAAACAUCGAAUAAUCAUGUGGCGAGAAAAUAUAAAUUCCUCGUAUAGGAUAUGAAAAAAAUAAAUAAAAUAUAACGUAUUUAUUUAACUGUGAUACAAGAACAGAUGACAACAACAGAGGUAAGCAGAAAAAUAAUUGAAUGACAACCGAUUAUUGCUUCACUCAUAUAGUCAAAAAGAAAAAAGGGCGAAGAAUGACGGACGAAAUAAGGUAGGUUUAAGCCUUCGAUAAUCUGUUGUAUAUUUUAUUUAGUUGCUCACGACCUCGAGAACAAUCACAUUAACGACUCAUUUUUAAUGAAUUUGUAACUGAUCAUUAAAGAACAUUUUUUAGCCAUAUGACAAAAUUGUUUCGGCGUUUUUAUGAGGAAUGUAUUUAUUAAUAUCUAGAAGUAACAGUUUCAAAAUAGGCAUUCAAUUAUCUUCUAGAAAAUCUUUUUAGGCACAGUUUUUUUGAACAUACAGUUAACAGACCAUUCACGUGUUAUUAAAUAUCAAUUGUAUCUGACCUAGGUGGUUUCUCGUACUAAUUCUAACACGUCUCAAAUCAGUUAAUCAAUUAACGUUCAAUAUUGUUGACAAAAAUAUUUCUAUUUUUUGAGUACAUUGGCUUCGGGUUAAAUCACGAUUGAGGGAGUCAGAUGAAGUCUUCAAAUCUUGUUACGUUAUUACAGAAUUUUGUUCAUUUAAAGUACUAUCAAUGAAAGACUAAUGUUGUAUUUUGACAGUUUGGGAUUAGAAUGAUAUAAUACGAUUCUCAAGGCGGUGUCUUAUCACGACAUUUUAUGUUGUUAUACUACUUAUUUUUAGAAUUUUUUAUUUUUAACAGCAUCGUAUUUUCAUAACGACUAUCUCUGUCAGUACUCUCUACAAUUAUUACCUUGUGGAUGCCCUGCAAUUCUAGUUCAAUCCAGACGUCUGAUUCUAAUAGUUAGUCAACUAUACAUGUGUAUUCGAUAAAAUAAAUAUAAAGGCAAGAAUAGUGACUAGUCACAUUGGUAAGCAUUCGUAAUACGCUUUUCUUGUUUAAGUUAAAAGAAAAAAAAGAAAAUUUUUCAAUUUUUCAGCGUCUCCCGUGUCGGUCUUGUUUACUGAUAAGUCGUAAAAUUUUAACAGAUUUUAAACUGGCUUGGGUAUAACUCAAGUUAUAUUUAUGUCCAGGUCAUUCGUAAACUUAAAACUAUUCCCAUUCAAGUAUUUAGAGAAUAGAACAAGAUACAUUGCUGUUUAGGUUCGCAUGUUAAUACUUUUGUUCAUAUGAAAUUACAAAGCGAAACGACUAGGAAACUCCUUUUUCAGAAGAAAACUGGUUUUAUAUAACUAAUUAAGAUGAGAAUAGAUAAAAAACUUUUAAUUUGCAAACUUAUUCUGCAUACUCGCAGCAUCUUCAAAUUUUAUUCAAAUAUAAUACGCAGAUCCAAAUAUUAUUCUGAUAUGUUUUAAUUGAUAAAUAAGCUCAAGAUUCAAAAAGCAGAAAAAUCUACACCUAAUUAUGCAAAUAAUUAUUUAAAUAAUCCGCUAACGGUAUCAUAUUUUUAGUAUAAACUUGAUUGAAAAGACGGAAAGAUAACAAAUAAAAUCGAGAAGCAAAGGCGAAAGCGGAGAGAAGCGUCAGGCCAAAAUAUAAUUUUUUUAAUUUGUCCGAUCUGAUUAUAUCCUUUACUUUUUGUCGGUUCUGUAGAUCAAAUUCUAAUUUGGAAUAUUUGUUUAGAUUAACGCAGUUUUCAAAAAAUGGCACAUUUCCGUUGUUUUCAAGUCCGUAAGUUUUACAAAAAGACACUUGUUUUUCUGCACAGAAAAAGAAUUGCAAUUGGAGUAAUUAUAAAAUUGUAUAUUUUGGAGUUAAGAACAAAUGAUACAAAGUAGUUUUGCUCAUUUCUUAUUAAUAGCUCUACUCGAUAUUUAUUUUGGUUAAUAAUUUUUUUCUUCUGAUGUUAUCUCUUAGACAAAAUGAAACUCGAUUAAAACUAUUGAAAUGCCUUCGCUUUAAACGUAUCAAUUUAGAAGAAAAUUCGCAAAAACGAAUAUUACUAAAAAAUGGUGAUGUGAAUAUUGGAAGACAUCAUAGAAAAAAGCGCAAUAGUCGCUAUUUACAUGAUCUUUUUACGACACUCAUUGAUUUAUCAUGGCAUUGGAUGUCGUGUAUAUUUGUCAUGAGUUUUGUUUCAAGUUGGCUUAUAUUUGCAUGCAUUUGGUAUAUUGUCAUGGCUGCCUAUGGUGAUUUGAAAUCGAGUAGUUUGACAAAUGCAAAUUAUACAGCCUGUAUCGUUGGUGUACAUUCAUAUGUCGGCGUCCUCCUAUUUUCCAUUGAAACUCAACAGACAAUUGGUUAUGGUACACGAUCAAUAAAUGAAAAUUGUUAUUUUGGCGUAAUUUUGGUAAUGGUUCAAUCAACUGUUGGUGUCAUGAUACAAAGUUUCGUUGUUGGUCUUGUUUUAUCAAAAAUAUCUCGUCCACGAUUACGAGCUGAAACUCUACUAUGGUCACGUAAAGCUGUUGUGUGUCUGAGAGAUGGACUAAUGACAUUCCAAUGUCGUGUGGGUGAUAUGCGAAAAUCACAUAUUGUCGAGGCACAUGUUCGAAUGUAUAUGAUUAAAAAGCGAACGACGAAAGAAGGCGAAAUAAUUCCUUUAGAUACCUAUGAUAUGAACGUUGGCUAUAAUAGUGGAGCAGAUCGUUUGUUUCUUAUUCGACCAUUGAUUAUUCAACAUAUUAUAAAUGAACAAUCACCUCUAUGGGACGUGGGACGAGAUGAUCUUAUGAAAGAACGUUUUGAAAUUGUUGUUCUAUUAGAAGGAGUUGUUGAAGCAACCGGAAUGACAACUCAAACACGUGUAUCAUAUUUGCCAUCAGAAAUCUUGUGGGGUUACCGAUUUGAACGAUUAGUGUCAUUCCGAAAAGAUCAAGGACAAUAUCGUGUGGAUUAUGCGAAAUUUCAUCAGACCUAUCCCAUUCAAACGCCCAUUUGUAGUGCAAAAGAAUUAAGCGAAGAAACAAUGGUUUAA